CUGCUCCUUCAUCCAGGUGGCUGACACUGAUCCUGGGACUGUUCCAGCCUAGAGCUCCUCCUACCUGUGACCCAAGAUUCCAGCCCACCCUCUGCCAUGAAAAUCCUUCCUUUUCUCCUUGUUGUUCUCUUGGUGGCAUUUCACGGAGCUGCAGGUAGAAGCUUGGCACGACCCAGGAGACCUUACAUGCAGUGUGGAUAUCGUGGGACCUUCUGCCACAGGGGGAAAUGCCCCCGUGGCAAUGAUUACCUGGGGUCGUGUCGUUCUGGGUAUAAUUGCUGUAGGUGGUAA